AGAUGGCGGACGAACAGUGUGAACGCACAGUUGGUAUCCGUCCCUUUUUUCAGCGAAUUUUCACGCGGAAAUUCCUUGCAAUUCUUGCCUUGGGUCAGUUAUUGUCAUGGCUUGUUUGUGGGACUGGUGUAUUUAGUCAGCUCCUGGCUUCUGAUUAUAACGUUGAGAUUCCGACAACACAAAGUUUCCUGAACUAUUUAUUAUUGGGACUUAUACACACAACAGCGCUGGCCUGUCAUCCUAUUGAAUUUAAAAAGAGACUUAUUGAAACAGGAUGGAAAUAUUUUUUAAUUUCACUCUGUGAUGUGGAGGCAAAUUAUUUGGUUGUAAAAGCUUAUCAGUAUACAAAUUUAACCAGCAUUCAGGUGAGCCAUGGUAAAAAAAUUAUAAAAUGGCACAUAAAUAUUAGAUAUUGUUCCUUGACAGGUAAUAAUCAAGCCAUAGGGGAUGUUUUGGUGUUAUGUGGAGCUAUUAUGUAUGGAAUUUCUAAUGUUGCAGAGGAAUUUGUGGUGAAGAACUUUAGUAGAGUUGAAUUUCUUGGCAUGAUUGGACUCUUUGGGAGUAUUAUCUCAGCGAUUCAGAUGGUAAUUCUUGAAAGACAUUAAUUGUCAGCAAUUGAGUGGGACUAUAAAAUUGUUUUGUACUUCAUUGGCUUUGGACUUUGUUUGUUUCUGCUAUAUAACCUGGUACCUGUUACUAUGAAAGCCAGCAGUGCCACAGUUGUAAAUUUGUCUUUACUGACGGCAGACUUUUACAGCUUACUCUGUGGAUUAUUUCUGUUCCAUUACAAGUUCUCUGCUCUGUACCUUGGAUCUUUAGUAUUAAUAAUAUUGGGUGUCAUUGUUUACAACCUGAAACCCACACCAAGUCAUCCAAGUUCUUCUGUUACCCAGUCCCUCUCCUACAGCCAACUAGAAGAAGACUCUCAACAAACAGAUGACAACUCAUCGUCAUCAUCAUGGUGUUGUCAAGAAUCACAAACUGCUUACGUCGACACUGACAAUGUCUAAAACCAAAUUAUUGGCAACCAAGAUCUUAUUUGUUAAUAUUUAAUAUAUGAAAUUUUAUAUGUAUAAUUCAUUUAAAGUGUUUUAGUGUAGAUGAAUCGAAAACGGUGGGGUUAACUUUUUCUUUUUUAAUUAAUGUCAAGGUUAUGUUCCAAACUUCUUACCUUCUUUAUAGCGUCGCACAGCUUUUAAUAAACCACGAAAGUUGUGGAAUUGUACAUAGAUCAUUUUCCAGGCUUUGAAAAGUGAUGGACCAUCAUCAAAAUUGAUGUUUAUUUUGAGAACUCUAACACAAGAUAUACUUUGAUAAAAUAAAUUUUUAAGUUUCACGUCAGUCUGGAAACAACCUCUUGUCGUCGUCGUUGAUUAAUAAGGGAAACAUCAACCGGCGUAUAGGCACGUUCAAUACAUAAUAGAUUCUUCAGUCUGUACACGUCAAACUGUCAUGCAUACAUGCUACGUCAAAUACCAUACUUAUACGAUUUAGUUUGAUAAAAUGGCUUUGUCCUCUUUGUUUCAAAUUAUGCAGAUCACUUUGCUUCAUUAAUAAGUCAGUGUAGGAC